AGGGCAACGCAAAUUUAGUCUGGCUGCGUCCACGUGUCUCUCCGGGAAUGCGCAACCGCCCCAGCCAGCGAGCAGCAAAACGUAAUCGAUAUUGUCGACGAGGUGCUGCCGCUGCUGCUGCUGCUGCUGCUGCUGCUACUUCUGCUGGUGGUAGAAAUUGUGGCGGUGGCGGUGGUGGUGGUGGUGGUUGUUCCGCCGGUACCACGCCCUGCACCUGGCAGAUGCGAAUUCGCGAAUCUAUAUCUGUUCCGUGCGUCCAACAAACGCUAGCCAACGACAUCUUAUCCGCACCUCGAGGCCCCCCGAUGACCCCUUUCAACGUCUCGCGUCCACACCCAAAAAAGAACACACCCCCGCAACGGGAUUCGAAAUGCGAUCGCGCAUAGGUAUGCGUAGCUACGUCUUGAAUAAAAUUGGAAAACCGCGUUGCGUUGAAUAGAAAAAUUAUCGCGAGCUGGGUGCGGCGUAUACUACAUAGAUUAUGUAUUACGUUGUCCAUUCAUAAUUUAUAUAUAAUACAUGUGUACGUAGGGGUCGACAUCCUCGAGGAGAAAAUAAAUGAAUUACGGAUGAACUAAA